AUGUCCUUAUCACCGUUGCUCAACUUUUAUUUGUCUUCAUAUACGAAAAACUAUUUCGAAAAUAGCGUGACAGUACUUUGGUACAAUCAAGAAUUUUCGCAAAGUCGAUUCCCUCCAGGACAAACGAUUAGCGAAGCAUGUACUCUUAUCUGUCUUCUUGUUGCUCAACGAAUAUCUCAAACGAGAUUAUUAAUAUACGAUAUAGAAAGAUGCCACGAAUUUAUUACUAUCGUAGCUGAAGCUAUGAUAGAGGGUAAUACUAUGCAUGCAUGGAUGAUUAAGAAAGGUUUAGUUUCUCAUCCCUAUCUCAGUACAGAAGAGGCAUUAAAGCUUGGACGCAGAAAUUUAAAUCUACUAAGAGAAUGGACAUUUCGAAUAUUUUAUGAAAGAAUUCAGAACAGUUUAUAUCAACAUAUACAUAAUUUCUUACACAAAUGGUACUUGACGCCAAAGUCUAAGAAUUUAUUUAUGCUUCUCAUUACCUGUGGACAAACAGUAUUGUUUAUAUUUCAAGAAAAGACUAAUAUGACAACUAUAGACAAAUUGGAACAUUUAUGCAAUUGGUACACAAAGGACGUAUUAAAUAAAUGUUACAAUACAAAAGCAAAUCAAUACGAGCUAGCUUUUUUAUAUCCAUCCAAUUCAUCGUGUUGUGGCUGUAAUCCUGUAUGCAACUGUGGCAAUUGUUGCAAAAAACAUAAUAACAAUCAUACAUAA